AUGCUUCUGCUAUUCCUUCUACUGGUGGUCUCACAGGUGGGACUAUUGGUAUUUUCUCCUUUACUUUCGGACAAGCCAGUGUUCAAAUGGUACUAUGAACGGGUAUAUUGCCCUUUGUUCACCGAUUAUUCCAGACACAGGUGGAAGUUCUGGGUUGUCCCGCUUUUCUACUUGAGUAUCUUGCUGUACUGCACGUAUAUCUACUACAAAAAUGUCAGAAGUGCUGUCGAGGAUCAUCUUUACGUGAUCGAGACCGUUUUCAUACCGUUUAUGAUUGCAUUUACGUUACUGACCGGAGUUUUGUCCGUAUUUGUGAAGCCGUUGGAGAUAAUUGAGGCACCAAGGUUCGAACCAGACUAUGCUAUAUUCUACCCAGGAAUUAAUUGCCAGUCAUGCCAUGCUGUUAAAGUACCCCGUUCGAAACACUGUUCACUGUGUCGGCGAUGCAUUCCAUUGCAAGAUCAUCACUGCAUUUGGAUCAACAAUUGUGUUGGCUACGGUAACUAUGAAUACUUCUAUCCCUUCCUACUAGCGAACUGUACCAUUUUAUCGUAUGCAUCCAUCAGACUAUUUUCAAUGUUGAGAGUUCUGCGAGUUGUGAGCAAACAUUUCCUGUCUCUCUUUUUGUUAACAACAGCGUUUGCAUUACUUGCCAUAAUAUUUACAUACUACCAGUUAAAGCUCGUUCAAGAAGGAAUGACCAACAACGAGCAAGAUAAAUGGUACCUCGUACAUGAACAUAUGAGGGAUGGAAACCUUUUCAAGGAUAACAAUGGCUCACUGUACUACAGAACCAGUUCUGGUGUGGAAGGAAUUGAUGACACAUUUUACUCUACCAACUUGUACGAUCACAGAAAGUACAAACUCAACAAUCCUUCGAGAAUACACAGCGCGGAAGAACUCACAAAUAUUUAUGAUAGAGGAGACUUCUGGAAGAACCUUGUAGAGAGGAUAAGUGUCCUUUGA